GCCGGGGGCGGCGAGUGCUGGGACCGCGCGGGCGGUAGGCAACGGCUGAGGCGGCGGCAGCGGUAGCUGCAGCAGCGGCGUGGGUUGGGCUCGAGCGGGCAGCGGCACCUCAGACUCCCGGGAGCGGGAGCCCACGCGGGCGGGCGCCUGAAACAAAGGGAAGCGAGAGUCAGGGCGCCGCGGGUGGGCGGUCAGUCGGUCAGCGCGUAGCCGGCCAGCGGGUGCCCGCGCAAGCCCGGAGCCCGGCCGGCCGGCACGGCCUCAGGGCGGGAAGAUGCCGCGUGUCGUGCCUGACCAGAGAAGCAAGUUCGAGAACGAGGAGUUCUUCAGGAAGCUGAGCCGCGAAUGUGAGAUUAAGUACACGGGCUUCAGGGACCGGCCCCACGAGGAGCGUCAGGCGCGCUUCCAGAACGCCUGCCGCGACGGCCGCUCGGAAAUCGCUUUUGUGGCCACAGGAACCAAUCUGUCUCUCCAGUUUUUUCCGGCCAGCUGGCAGGGAGAACAGCGACAAACACCUAGCCGGGAGUAUGUCGACUUAGAAAGAGAAGCAGGCAAGGUAUAUUUGAAGGCUCCCAUGAUUCUGAAUGGAGUGUGUGUUAUCUGGAAAGGCUGGAUUGAUCUCCAGAGACUGGAUGGUAUGGGCUGCCUGGAGUUUGAUGAGGAGCGAGCCCAGGUAUUGUCUUCUUUGCCUGUGUUCAGGGUACCUUUGAAAAACGUUGGGAAGGAUGUGAAACAGCACUUGCAGGAGGAUGCAUUAGCACAACAGGCCUUUGAAGAGGCCCGAAGAAGGACACGUGAAUUUGAAGAUAGAGACAGGUCUCAUCGGGAGGAAAUGGAGGUGAGAGUUUCACAGCUGCUGGCAGUAACUGGCAAGAAGACAGCAAGACCCUAGUCCUGGUUCCAGUUUAGGUGGUGGUGAUGACCUCAAACUUCGUUAAUUAGUGGCACAGAAGAUGUGCCCCCGCAUCUUUACAUAUUCAUUGUUUCUAGUCUGCAGAAAUAUUAAAAGACCAGAAACUGUGAUAACUGGAGGUACUACAGUCUGUUUCUCAACCUUAGGCAGUAACAAGACAUCACAAACUGCCAUGGUUUUGCACUAUGAUAUAAUACCUGCAUUUCUAAUUUUGUAUGCAUGUAGCCAGUAAUAAUUUGAAAUUUCUUUCUAUGCAAGCUUACCUUGUUGGCGUUAUUUUAGUGAGUUGAAAGUAUCUACUUGUAAAGCUUUGUUUUUCCAUUUUAAUUUAAAAGUUCAUGUUAUUUUAAAACAAGUCAAGAAAUUAAAAUUUUUAUCAGAGGGUUUUUUCCCCUAAUCAGUUGCUCUUUUUUUGGUAAUUUUAGAUGUGUUGGUUAUACAGCUUCAUUUUAGAUAAGCAUUUUUGGUUUUUUGUUUUGUUUCCCACAUUUCCUUUUGUGUUUUUAUAGUCUAUGGCAUUUUUAAACUGCUGAUGGUUUGCAUUAUUUACAAGCUUAAAAACCUAGUAGCAUAGAACUGUCUGCCACAGCCUUCUAACACAAAGUUUACAGUCAUCAAAGUUGCAGUAUCCUUUUAAAUGUUGAUAAUCAGCUCUUUUUCUUUCCUUUUUCAACAUAAAAAUUUUUAAUUGGUAUUAACUCUAGUCUGCCCCAGAACUGUUUUAGAUUCUCUUCUGUAAUCAUGAGUUUGUGUGAAGAUAUUCUUCAUAGACGAUAAUUAAUAUUCUACUGAAAUGCCUAAAGAAGUCGCAGGCUGGCUUCUGUUUUAUUCAGGGAUUUUUUUUAAAAAGUCAAUCAGAAAAGGGAUACUGGAGCUUCUUCAUGUAUGAAACAGCAUAUUAAACUGGAGACAGUGAUGAAUCAGCUACAAAGGUAAUAUUGUAUUAAAAUCAUGUUUAAGAUAGCUGCUUUUUAUGUGUAUUUUAUAAUGCAUGCUUUUGUAAAAACAAUGCUGGCUGAUGAUAGUCUCAGAGAGAAAAUGUUCAUCUGUGCAGAAGAUACAUUUUCUUCCAUUAAUUAUUCUGGAGAAAAAUUCACAGGUGUUAUAUAUGGUAUUUUCCAAAAGGACUAUUAAUGGAACCUUUUGAGAUGAAUUAGUAUAAGAAUAUUUUUUAAAUAGGUUCACUGUCAAAUUGAUUGCAACUUUUUUUUUUCUUCAAAUACAAGACUGGAAAAAAGUGCUAAGUCAUUAGCAUCUCCUUACAAAUAUUUUUCAUGGUCACAUUCAUUAACUGUUACUGUAUUUCUGAAUUUUUGCAAAAAUGUAUUUUAUCAUAAUAGAAUGGAAUUAUUUUAAAGAGUUUGAAAAACUGACAUAGUCAAUUCAGAAAAUGAACUGAGGUCUGAAUAAGGUCAUUGCAUUUAAAACAUAUGUAUACUUAAGGGAGGUGUGUGACUUUCAUUGUAUAUAGGUCUUAUAAUUCAUAAACAUAUCCUGUAUCAGAAUAAAAAUGUGUGUUAUAUAUUUGAAAUCAUGCAUGGUAAGGAGUGUGUUUAAAUUGUUAUAAACAAUAAUGCAUCAUAAAAGACCAUGCUGAUCUUGUGUAACUAAGUACCAUGAGUGAAUCUGAUUGGUAUUUGAUGUGGUGCAGCUCACAUGUUUACACACUUGGUGCCCUAAUUUCCCCUGAGGGAAUCGCCUUUUAAGUGGUCCUUACAGUGGUGUUUUAAGGUUACUUUAUCACAAAAGCUCCUUGUUUUUUGACUUCUGCACUUAAAUUUUUUUUUUAAUAACAUGAUGAUGGUACAUUUUUCUCUAUUGCUUCUAGCUAAGGGUUUUCAGUCCACCAGUAACUAAGAUCAAAUGUUAUUAAAUGUUCAUCUUACCAUCCUUCUGUAUAUACUGAAUUUUUCCUGUCAUUUAGCACUGUGCUGCUUCCAUCUGUCUUAAUGCUGGCAUUAAGAUCAUGAGCCCUUUUUCUCCAGUAGUGCAGGCUUUGAAGAUUACUUUUAUUAAGUUAUUGAUGCAAUUUGAUAUUUUUCCAUAAUCUAUAUUUAAACAAAAUUACAUCAUUGCAUCAUUUUUUCUAAAUUCAUCUCCUUUAAAACUUGCCUUAAGCUACCAAAUUGCUUUUGCCACCAUUAGCCAUAUUGUGUGUUUGUAUGUUUAAUUUACUUUCACAAUAAACUUCUGUGUAGUGAA